AUGCCUUCAGUCCCGUCUGGUUCCGACUCGGCCACACUGGGACCAGUCUGCUCUCAUGCAGCUAAAAUGGCUUGGGAAUCCAGUCGCUCACCAGGCCUAAACGGUGACGCUGAGCUGAAAGGGGAGACGAAACUGAACGAGAAUAAAGAAGAUGCUACAGAGAGGAAGUGGAUUCGUCCAGACCUGCCAAGCAGAUGCACGUGGAAGCUGGGGAUGUCGAAACUAGACUCGCAGCACUUUCAUGCUGAACGGACGACUGAACCUAAAAUUUUGCCCGACAUCCUUAAAAAAAUUGGCGACACACCGAUGGUGCGGAUCAACAAGAUUCCAAAAAUGUUUGGACUGAAGUGUGAGAUCUUGGCGAAGUGUGAGUUCUUUAACGCUGGAGGCAGCGUGAAGGACCGUAUCAGCGUGCGUAUGGUGGAGGACGCAGAACGUGCUGGGAUCCUCAAACCUGGAGACACCAUCAUCGAACCCACCUCCGGAAACACAGGUAUCGGCCUCGCCUUGGCUGCAGUAGUAAAAGGCUACAGAUGCAUCAUCGUCCUGCCUGAACAUAUGAGCAUGGAAAAGGUGGACGUUCUGCGUGCUCUAGGUGCCGAGAUCGUCCGGACCCCGACCUCUGCCCGCUUUGACUCCCCCGAGUCUCACGUGGGUGUAGCCUGGCGUCUGAAGAACGAGAUUCCCGACUCCCACAUUCUGGAUCAGUAUCGCAAUCCCAGCAACCCACUGGCUCACUACGACAGCACCGCCGAGGAGAUCCUGGAGCAGUGCGAGGGUAAAAUAGACAUGCUGGUGGCUGGAGUUGGCACCGGUGGCACCAUUACCGGAGUUGCUCGCAAGCUGAAGGAGAAAUGCCCAAACAUCAAGAUUGUUGGGGUGGAUCCUGAGGGUUCGGUCCUGGAUAACUCAGAGAAGACGAAUAAGCCAGCCAAGCCCCAGUAUGAGGUGGAGGGAAUCGGAUAUGACUUCGUUCCUACAGUAUUGGACAGAUCUGUGGUGGAUACCUGGUACAAGUCAACUGAUGAGGAGUCCUUCAAAAUGUCACGAAUGAUCAUCCGACAGGAAGGCUUACUCUGUGGUGGUAGUUCAGGUUCUGCCAUGGCUGCAGCAGUGAAUGUAGCUAAGGAGCUUAAAGAAGGUCAGCGCUGUGUGGUCAUCCUGGCGGACUCGCUCAGAAACUACAUGACCAAGUUCCUCAGCGACAAGUGGAUGUGUCAGAAAGGUUUUCUGCGAGAGGAGGACCUGAUAAUCAACAAACCAUGGUGGUGGAAUCUGACUCUUCAGGAUUUACGGCUUUCCGCCCCGCUGACCGUCCUGCCCUCCGUCACCAUUAAAAACACCAUCAAGAUCCUGAAGGAGAAGGCUUUCGACCAGGCUCCUGUAGUCGACGAAGCUGGGAUGAUAGUAGGAAUGGUUACGCUGGGGAACAUGCUGUCUUCUGUGCUCGCUAAUAAAGUCAGUUCAGCUGACUCGGUCAUUAAGGUUCUCUUCAAGCAGUUCAAACAGGUUUGUCUUACAGAUAAUUUAGGGACGCUCUCCCGGAUCCUGGAGACUGACCAUUUUGCCUUGGUGGUGCACGAACAAAUCCAGUAUAUGAGCGAUGGCUCUACCGCUCUAAAGCAGAAGGUGUUUGCCGUGGUCACAGCCGUCGACCUGCUGAACUACGUGACCUCUCGUGAGAGGAGAGAAUGUUCACUGUCCGAGUGCUCGCUGACCGAUGAGCCGUAA